AUGUCUGGUGAAUCAACAGUUGUAAGCAUCGAAAAACAGCAGACUGUUCCCAGAAACGAUGAUGAAAAUAAAGAAAGUACAACACUUAUUUGGUUUGAUCCAAAGAUUGGAUCACGUGAAGAUACCGAACGAACAAAACAACAACUUCGUCUUAUUAAUGAUUAUGUCACUUUUUCUACUGAUCUUGACCAAUGUAUUAGAUUUAUUCAAUCAAUUCAUAAAGAAAAAAUCUUUUUAAUUACAUCAGGAUCAAAAACAUCACAAAUCUUACCUCGAAUCUCUUCCUUAAAUCAAAUUGAUUCAGUAUUUAUCUUUUGUGCGAAAAAAACUCGAUAUGAGUAUUUAUUAAAUGAAUAUUCAAAUAUCAUCGGAAUUUAUAUUAAUCUUCAGGAUUUAUGUAAAGCAGUUAAAGAACAAAUUGAUUUUUUUUAUAAACAAAUACAAACAUUUUCUUUUUUUGAUCAACAUGAAAAAUCCAUUAAAGAUCUAUCCAAAGAAUCAGCAGAAUUUCUUUGGUUUCAGUUAUUCAAUUAUGUUAUUGCUCGUCUUCCACGAGAUCAACAAGCUAAACAACAAAUGAUUCAAAUAUGUAGACAAUAUUAUCGUGGUAACACAACAGAAACAAAAUUAAUUAAUGACUUUGAACAAAACUAUCGAUCAGAAGAUGCAAUUCAUUGGUAUUCAAAACAAUCAUUUCUUUAUAAAUUAAUUAAUAAAGCAUUACGAACAGAAGAUAUCGAUUUAUUGCAUGCAUUUCGAUUUUUUAUUGGUGAUCUUUCAGAAAAUCUUCAACGUGAACAUAAAAGGAUUCUUUCAUCAGAAGAAAAGAUUAUAAAUGUUUAUAGAGGAAUUAAACUUCAUAAAGAAGAAUUUAAUAAACUAAAAGAAAGUCAAGGAAAACUUAUUUCAACAAAUGGAUAUUUAUCAACGAGCCGACGAGAAUUAUCAGCAUUAAGUUUUGCAUCAAAACCAACAAAAAGAGUUGAUGUCAUUCCUGUUCUUUUCCAUAUUCAAUGUGAUAUUACCAAAGUUGAUCAAAAUAUAAUUUUCGCUGAUAUUGAUCAAUACAGUGAAUAUCCAGGUGAAAAAGAAGUAUUAUUUAAUUUAAAUGCCUGUUUUGAAAUUGAAUCCAUUGAAGAAAAGGAAUCAUUACAAAUAAUUAAAAUGAAUCUGUCCAGUAAAGGACAAAAAAUUACUAAAGAUUUUAUUGAAUCAGCACAUAAAGAAGCAGAAGAAUUAAGUGUUUCGAUUGUUUUUGGAAGAUUAUUGUGUGAUUUAGGUGAAUAUAAUAAAUCACAAAACUAUUUUCAACAAUUAUUGAAUAAUUCAAAUAAUGAAGAUCGUGCUUGGAUUGAAUUUAAUAUUGGUCGAGCUCUUGAUUUAAAAGGUGAAUGGAACCAAGCUCGAGAAUAUUUUGAUCGUGCAUAUGACCGAAUGAUGAAAAGUAAACCGCCACGAAUAAAAGAUUCUGCUCAUGUUCUCAACAACAUUGGUGUCGUUCUCUAUCGACAAGGAAAAUAUGAACUAGCUCUCGAUUAUCAUCAACGAGCAUUGAAAAUUCAUGAGAACUUCUGUUCAUCUGGUCAUAUUGAUAUUGCUGCAAGUUUAGUAAGCAUUGGCAACAUUUUCUUCAACCAAGGAAAAUACGAUAAAGCUCUUGAUUAUUAUCAACAAGCACUAAAAAUUCAAGAGAAAUCUAAUUCAUCUGGUGAUAUCCGUAUUGCCCCAAUCCUUCACAACAUUGGUGCUAUUUUCGAGAAGCAAGAAAAGUACGAUGAAGCUCUCAACUUUAAUCACCAAGCAUUGAAGAUUCGAGAGAAAAUUUAUUCAUCGGGUAAUGUCGAUAUUGCUACAAGUCUGAACAACAUUGGUAACAUUCUCUUGAAUCAAGGAAAGUACGACGAAGCUCUUCACUACCAUCAACAAGCAUUGAAAAUGAGAGAAAAAUUUUAUCCAUCUGGUCAUGUCGAUAUUGCUACAAGCCUCAACAACAUUGGUGUUGUUCUACAUCAGCAAAGAAAAUAUGAUGAUGCUCUUGAUUAUUAUCAACAAGCGUUGAAAACACGAGAGGCAUUUUAUCCAUUUGGUCAUAUCGAUAUUGCUACAAGCUUCAACAACAUUGGUGUGAUUCUCGAUAAUCAAGGAAAAUACGAUGCUGCUCUUGAUUAUCAUCAACGAGCAUUGAAAAUUCGAGAGAAAUUUUAUCCAUAUGGUCAUGUCGAUAUUGCUCAAAGCCUCAACAACAUCGGUCUUAUUCUCUAUCGUCAAAAAAAAUGCGUGGAAGCUCUUGAUUCUCAUCACCGGGCAUUGAAAAUUCGAAAGGCAUUUUAUCCAUCCGGUCAUAUUGAUAUUGCUACAAGCCUCAACAAUAUCGGUCGUAUUCUCCAUCAUCAAGGAAAAUACGAGGAAGCUCUCGAUUAUCAUCAACAAGCAUUGAAAAUUCUAGAGAAAUUUUAUCCGUCUGGUCAUGUCGAUGUUGCGUCUAGUUUGAAUAGUAUAGGAGUUUGUUAUGAAAAUCAGAACAAGCAAAAGAUGGCAUUGGACUAUUAUCAGCGUGCACUGGCUAUUUAUGAGAAGUUCCUUCCUGUUGACCAUCCAAAUCGACAGAGAACUGAAAAAAAUAUUCGUCAACUUAAUGGAAAAAACUAA